AUGCACAAGUCGCAAAGAGUUUCCAGGCAGACUCUCCGAUGGCAACACGUGCCCGAGUAUCAGAGUGCCAACUCUAUGGCACUGCAGCCAACCGCAGUAGCGUUAUAGUACGAUUUUCUAGUCGUGCACUUGACGUAAAACAGCUGUUGUUGUCUAUUGAGGAAGCUUAUAUGUCGCUACACGGAUUCCAAUACGGAGAAGUUUAAGCACCCGAUUGGAUGAAACCGUGAACACAUCAUAUGCGUUAAGUGCAUGGUUAACAUAAAUCCUAGUGUACAGUAAAGCAGCAAGCAAAGAGUAUUAAUAUUCUAUCCCACAGUAACCUUUCAGAUAUAGUGUAUACAUGUGAGAAGAGUGGACUUUCUAAGUGCGGUUGUACUGGAUUCUGGAAAUAUUCAGCAUUCAUGAGGACAUUCAAAAAGUAGCCACCAUUUUUUGUGUUACAGAUUGAUUCAUCAUGACGAAGUCAAUAAAAAAAGACCUCAACAAAGUAAAUAAAUUACUUCAUCCAAGAAGUAGAAAAGCACAGAAGUUACAUCAGAAGGCAAACAGGCUCAUAACAAGAGAGAAAUCUAAGAAAUUUCAUGCAAUGAAAGAAAAUUUAAUUGGUGAAAAACUUCAGUGGUUUAAAGAUCGACUGAUUCCAAAUGUGAGACGCUACACGGGUCAAAUGUGUUUGGACAUUAUUAGCACGUAUUUAAGUAGAUUUGACCAGGAAUUAGAACAAAUAACAAUUGUCCACACAAUUGGUAAAAAUCGUAAAAACAGACGUUUUGCAAGUAGAGAAGAUGUAAUAAAUAUGACCAUACUUCAUGAAAAGGAAGAAUUUGAGACAUGUGGUCUGGAGAUACCUGAUCUCAUGAAUAUGCAACAGUUGGCAUAUUUGAGAAGCUGGAAUGGUGAGCUUCGCUUUCUGCAAAAUUUCCAUUUGACAAGAUAUACUCGCAAACAAUUGGAAGAAAAGAAUGAUACUCUUCUCCCCGAAGAUUAUUUACCUCAAGAUGACAAAGAGGAGGAAGAUGUUGCAAUGGAGGAGGAUGAAUCCCAUGAGCAUGAAUCCCAUGGGAAUGACUCCCGUGAGGAUGAACAAAAUGAGGAUUCAGAAUGGAGUGAUGUACCUGAUGAAAGCGAUGAGGAUAAAGAUCCCUCAAAACCUAAUACCACUAAGAGAAAUAAAAUGGCACAUGCAUUCAAAAAACAUAAGAGAUGUAAAGGGAAAAUGAUGGUUGAAUAAAGGAUUGUUGACAUUUUGUGGU